UGUGGUACAAUAAAUUGACUGACACCGUCCCUUCUCUUCUUUUUUUUUCUUUCUUUUGCUUCGCCCCUCUCUCCUUUUCCAACUCUUUUCUUCUUUCUUCUACCCGCCCACCCCUUACGCUCUUUUUUUUUAUUACGAUCUUCUAAUCUCUUAAUCUCUGCAAGAGACAGAUAGAAACUAAUGUCGCUUGCAACGGCGCCCUACCACGACGACACUUCGUCUUUUGAGAAACCUCGUCGACUGUAUGCAGAAUAUCCGAGUGCGGUGUCUGUAGCUCCUGUGGCUGCCAUGAACAACUGUUCGCGGACAACGACCAUGACCACUUGUUCAUCAACGACCGAAUCCCCCGUCGAUUUAUCGCCACCAACGACACCUAUUCCUAGACCAACCGCCAGCGAUUUCAAAAAACCUUCCUUUGUCAGCGAUGCAGAAACCGAACCUAUUCCUACCAUUAAUCACGAUGACCUACGCUUACCAAAACGUUACUCCACCAGUCACAGCUUCACGAAACGAUCCAGCAAGCCGCCCGUGGCUCGACUUCAUUCCGAAGUAGACGGUAUGGUCUCUGACGACGGGUUCCAGCGAGAAUUAUCAGCACGUCGCAAGGCUUUCCGUCGACUCUCGCGCCAUACCUACAACAACAACAACAUCAAUAAUAAUAAUAAUCACAACACGCAUGAAACGGACGACGAGGACCGAGUGCUGAUCGGUACCCGGGUGUCAGAAGGCCAUCAGAACUACGUGCUCAUGUAUAACAUGCUUACCGGUAUUCGGAUUGCUGUGGGCCGGGUGUCUGCCAAGCAGGACCGGCCCUUGACGGAUCAUGACUUUGGGGCUGCUCAUAAGCUUGUUUUCGAUGUCACCGGAGACGAGCUGACGCCAGGAGCAAGAUACGACUUCAAGUUCAAAGACUAUGCACCAUGGGUUUUUCGAAAUCUGCGCAAGCAGUUUAAGAUCGACCCCGCCGACUACCUGAUCUCUCUGACAAGCAAAUAUAUCCUUUCCGAGCUUGGAUCACCGGGCAAAAGUGGCAGCUUCUUUUAUUACUCACGUGACUAUCGCUUCAUCAUCAAAACCAUUCACCAUUCCGAACACAAGUAUCUACGCAAGAUCCUUCCCGAAUACCAUGACCAUGUCAGCACCAAUCCUGAUACGCUAUUAUGCCGUUACUAUGGCCUGCACCGAGUCAAACUUCCUCGUGGUCGCAAAAUUCAUUUCGUUGUCAUGGGCAACGUCUUGCCGCCACAUAACGAUAUCCACGAAAUGUACGAUCUGAAGGGGUCUACGUUUGGCCGCUUUUUAUCGCAAGAGGAAAUCGACAAGAGCAAGAACAACGCAGUCAUGAAGGACCUGAACUUUGUAAAGAACGACAAAAAGUUGCAGUUGGGUCCUCAGAAGCGCAAAAUGUUCGUCAGCCAGUUGAUUCGUGAUGUCAAGCUUCUUGUCCGUCUCAACAUCAUGGACUACAGUCUACUCAUCGGUAUCCACAACAUGGUCCGCGGUAACAAGGAAAACAUCCGUGACUCUACACUGCAAUUUUUUGAGCCCGAUACGAAACGCGCUGAGCGCCGUGCAUCGUUAAUGAAUCGUCGCCAAAGCAAAGCUCAGGUGUACCGCAAAGCCAUCGCACAGACCAACCCCGACCGUCUGGAUGCAUCUGAGCUUCCUGAUGAACCGCUCGAAGAACGACGAAACUGUAUAUUCUACUCGGAUGAUGGCGGUUUCCGAGCCACGGAUGAAAAUGAUCGACCCACAUCUGUACUUUACUAUCUCGGUGUGAUUGAUAUUCUCACCCCUUAUGAUACCAAGAAGAAAUCCGAACACUUUUUCAAGAGCAUGACUCAGGAUAAGCACGCCAUUUCUUCUGUCAAGCCAUCCGAGUAUGGUGAUCGAUUCAUGGGAUUCAUGGCCAACGCUAUCGAGCACAACCAGGAUAUCCCGCAGGACUAUCAGCUGAGCUCUUCAGCACUUAAUAAUAUUCAAUAGUACUAUAGAAAUUAAAAACACUAAAUAAAGAUUUGCUUCUCUUCCGCAGCGAUUUAAC